AUGGCCAAAGAGGUAUUCAAUACCUCAACCGAGGAAGAUGUGGCUCUCGAGCACCUUGGGUACCAACAAGAGUUUAAGCGCUCAUUCGGUCUUUGGGAUAUGGUUGGCUUUAGUUUCAGCAUUGUGACUUGCUGGACCGCAUUGAGUGGAGUUUUCAUCAUUGGCGUCGAAGCAGGCGGGCCACCAGUGAUGAUUUUUGGCUGGAUAGGGGUCUGUGUGAUCACUUUAUUGAUUGCACUGGCCAUGGCAGAAAUGUGUGCAAGAUGGCCAGUCAGUGGAGGCCAGUAUUCGUGGGUGGCCAUGCUGGCACCGCCCAAGGUCUCUCGACAGCUAUCCUAUAUCACUGGAUGGUUCAUGUUAAUUGGUAUCUUGGCUAUGGGCGCUGUGAAUAACUCAGUAGCGUCGAACUUCAUUCUUGGCAUGGCCAACCUGGUCUUUCCGGAGUAUAACAUUGAGAGAUGGCAUACCGUUCUGGUGGCUUGGGCUGUGGCCCUCUUUGCGCUGGCGGUGAAUGUUCUCACGCCACAUGCCCUGCAUCGUCUAUCUCGAAUGAUUUUGGUGUGGAAUAUCGCGUCGUUCUUCAUCAUCAUCAUCACGCUCCUCGCGACCAAUGAUCAUAAACAGAGCGCAGACUUUGUUUUUGGUGAAUUCCGCAACACAACUGGCUUAGGCGCGGCAAUGGCUACCAUCGUUGGGAUUCUCCAGAGCUUCUUUGGCAUGUGUUGCUAUGAUGCCCCCAGCCAUAUGACGGAAGAAAUGACUCAUGCAAGCCGUGAUGCGCCCAAGGCCAUCAUCCUGGCAGUCAUCAUGGGCGCCGUGACCGGUUUCUUCUUCCUUUUGACCUUAUGCUUCUGCAUGGGGGAUAUUGAUAGUACGGCGAAUUCUAGUACAGGAGUCCCAGUCAUCCAGAUCUUCUAUGAUUCGACUCAAAGCAAAGCAGGCACGUGUGUUUUAGCGAGUAUGAUGACUGUCAUCAUUGUCGUCGCCUCGGUGAGUCUCAUUGCAGAAGGGUCUCGAUCCGUUUAUGCAUUCGCCCGGGAUCAGGGCUUGCCGUUUUCGAAAGUCUGGGCCAAAGUCGAGCCGAAGCAGAAGAUCCCCGUCUAUGCCAUCUUCCUCACCUUGAUCGUUCAGCUAGCUUUGAACGCAAUCUACUUCGGCACGGUGACUGGAUUCGAAACGGUGAUUUCCAUAGCCACCACAGGCUUCUAUGUCUCCUAUGGUCUUGUCCUCCUGGCCCGACUUCUUGGUUAUUUGUUUGGACACCAUACGUCUACCUUUAGCGGUCCAUAUUCACUUCCAUCCUCCGUGUCUAUUGCCUUCAACGCAAUUGGGCUUAUAUUUCUCCUAUUUGGUUCCAUCACCUUCAACUUCCCCUCCGAAGCGCCUGUGACGUCCAGUUCCAUGAACUAUACCAGUGCGGCAAUUGGGCUGGUUACCCUUCUUAGCUUGGUUACUUGGUUUACUACAGCGACCAAACACUUUUCUGGGCCUUCAGAUGUAAGGGAUCUGGUGAUUAAUGGAGUUGAAAGACCUACAGACUCAAAGUCGUAG